GGCCUCGUUGGCCGUACCUGGAAUUCUGGCUUCCAUUAAAAUUGGGUCUUUGUAUUUUAAUCAUUCGGCGGAUCUCACCCAACUUGGGAGAAGAAAGACUCUCCUCUUGUUGCUCUCGAUCUCCCUCCUUUUCUUCCGGGCUUCAAGAAGUCGGCAUGGCUUGGAAGGAGGAAAUCAACUCUCAUGGUGCGCAUGGCGAAAGUUCACUGGAUUCCGGCCACGCCCGGCUUCAUGAGCUCGGUUACAAGCAAGAGCUUAAGCGUGAUCUCUCGGUUUUGUCCAACUUUGCCUUUUCAUUUUCGAUUAUAUCGGUGCUCACCGGCAUCACGACGCUGUACAAUACCGGGCUUCGAUAUGGUGGUCCUCUUGCCAUGACUUAUGGGUGGUUCGUUGCUGGAGGGUUUACAAUGAUGGUGGGGCUGUCUAUGGCGGAGAUUUGCUCUUCUUAUCCGACCUCGGGCGGGCUCUAUUACUGGAGUGCCAGGCUCUCCGGGGCGAAAUGGGCACCCUUUGCCUCUUGGAUGACUGGCUGGUUCAACAUCGUUGGACAGUGGGCUGUAACUACAAGUGUAGAUUUCUCAUUAGCACAACUUAUCCAAGUGAUCAUCCUUCUCAGCACUGGGGGGCAUAAUGGUGGAGGAUACCUCGCUUCCAAAUAUGUAGUUAUUCUCUUUCAUGGUGGGAUUCUUCUUAUUCAUGCCAUCAUAAACAGUUUUUCAAUUAGAUGGUUAUCUUUUUUCGGACAGCUUGCUGCGGCAUGGAAUGUCUUAGGUGUUUUUGUCCUUAUGAUUCUCAUCCCCUGCGUUGCUACCGAGAAGGCUAGUGCCAAAUUUGUCUUCACCCAUUUAAACACUGAAAAUGAUGCCGGAAUUCAUAGCCAGGUUUACAUAUUUGUGCUGGGACUAUUGAUGAGCCAGUACACAUUGACAGGAUAUGAUGCAUCUGCACAUAUGACUGAAGAAACAAAAAAUGCAGACAUAAAUGGACCCAAAGGAAUAAUUAGUGCCAUUGGUAUAUCUAUCAUUGCUGGUUGGGGGUACCUACUUGGUAUCACAUUUGCUGUUACCAACAUCCCAUAUCUUUUGAACAGAUAUAAUGAUGCUGGAGGUUAUGCCAUUGCUGAGGUAUUUUACCUUGCCUUUAAGAGUAGAUAUGGCAGUGGAGUUGGUGGCAUCGUAUGUUUGGGAGUGGUCGCUGUUGCCAUAUUCUUCUGCGGCAUGAGUUCUGUGACCAGCAACUCUAGGAUGGCCUAUGCAUUUUCAAGAGAUGGAGCAAUGCCCUUCUCAUCGUUCUGGCAUAAAGUUAACCACCAAGAUGUCCCUAGGAAUGCGGUUUGGCUUUCUGCAUUCAUAUCAUUUUGCAUGGCACUGACGUCUCUGGGAAGUUUAGUAGCUUUCCAAGCAAUGGUGUCCAUAGCCACCAUUGGCCUCUACAUUGCCUAUGCUCUCCCAAUCUUUUUUCGAAUAACAUUGGCGCGCAAAUCUUUCGUCCCUGGGCCAUUUAACCUCGGCCGCUACGGAAUACUCGUCGGUUGGGUCGCAGUCCUUUGGGUGGCUAUCAUCACAGUCCUCUUCUCACUUCCUGUUGCUUACCCGAUCUCUAGGGACACUCUCAAUUAUACACCGGUUGCUGUUGGUGGCCUGCUUUUACUCACAGUUUCUUCAUGGUUUUUAAGUGCAAGAUAUUGGUUUAGAGGACCCAUAACCAAUAUUAAUACAUAGGAGGGUAUUGGCAUAGGAAGUUAUGAUUGUUGGAUGGAUGGAAAGAGUUCAUUCGAUAUCGAAUUGUUGAUGUUUUAACAUAAACAAAUGUUUUCAUUGUAAUUAUUUUGGCAUCAACUUUGGUGUGGGGGUGGAGCUAUUUGUUUGUAGGAGCAAAGUUUUGUUGCUCAGCUAAAUUUAUUUGAAAUAUAUCAAUAAUUCAUUUGUAAUGAUUAUAAAAUUAUCAAGUUCAAUUUAGACUU